AAGAAAACCGGUGUUUAAAAAAAAAUUGAUUGAACGUAUGUUAUUACCACUGUAGCGUUUUGUAACUAAAGUAAAUAAAACAAUGGAAUUGAAGAACUCUCAGUAUACGCGCAAAACAAGCAUUUUCCAUUAAACUCAUUAUCAUUAUUAGUUCGUGCGCUGCAUCGUCGCAAAUUAUUUUUUUAUGUUCGGUUCGACAAAACUUUUACUUUUGCCGGCUGCCGACGUUUGUGGAAGGAAAAAUAAUGGAGUGCAAAUUGUUCGGUCUAGUUUUUUUGGUGAUGUUGGCCUCCAGUGUCGAUAGUCAGCUGACUUUUAGGGCACCCAGGAUUGGUCAGUUUUUAGGAAGACUUACAAACAACACUUUAGAUUUGAUACGAGGCGGAGUAAACCUGUUUUCGAGCACAAUAGACAGAAUAAUAAACACAUUUGGCAGAGUGGAAGACAGAUUGAGCGCAUUACUAAACGAAUUUAGAAACCGAAUUCUUCACGGUAUACCGGAAUUUAACAUACCGAUUUUGGAUCCGCUACACAUCAAAAACAUCGAAUUUGACGUUUCCCAUGAUGCUGCUGACCUUAAAGGAUAUGCCAAAAAUGUAACAAUAAGGCACAUAUCGAAAUUUAGAGUGGAUAAGCAGAAGUUUAGCGAUUUGGGGGACUGGAAAUUUAAGCUAGACUUAAACAUCACCUUUCCGUAUCUAACAGCAACUGGAAAAUACAAAAUCAAUGGAAUGGUAGGGGAUUCCUUCAGGAUAUUUGGGGAUGGUCCUUUUGGGUUAAAUCUGACAGAUUUAUCCAUAGGAACUUCGACAAUAUUAAAAUAUGAUUUCCCCCGCUUGAGAAUCACAUCCAUGGAUAUAGAUGUAAAAUUAAGAAAACUUAAGAGUAAUUUUGAAAACCUUAUGUCAGACGAAGAACUGGGCUUGUUAUUUAACAAAGCCAUUUCGCAGAUGGCACCCGAAGCCCUGAAAAUCCUUUGGCCUGAACUGAAGGUUCCCGUGGAAAAACAAGUGAUGAAGUACAUAAAUAACAUUCUAGAUAACGCAACAGUGGCCGGCCUUGCUAGAAGACUUUUAAACCUAGCUUAGCUUAAGUAAGACUUAAGCAAAUAUUAACUAUACAAAUUGUAGAUAGACAUGUAAAUAAAUUAUUGGUAAUUUU